AUGGCUGCUCUUCACAUCAAUGCGAAUGAGACGCCAGCAGCUCCCAAUCCUCUUGCUUCAGUGCAAGCUGCUCGUGGUAUUCGGCCGCCGGUGCAAAUUCCCCCAGAUGUUCAAGAACGCAUUCGUGCCUUUCAGAUGGCCCGGCAAAAUCGCACACAGACGACUUCACGAUCGACGACAAUACCGCAGGAACCGCAACAGCAACAACAACAACAACAACAACAACAACAACCGCCGCAGCAGCUGUCCUCGCCGCUGUCGGCAGAUCCGGAGAAGCAACUUCAGCUGCAGCAACUGCUGCAGGCCCAGCAGCAGCAAAAAUUACAGCCGAAGUCGCUGACGGGACAGCAGUCGUCUCCUAUUGCUAGACCUCAGCCAAAACUAUCUCUCUCUCAGCGUCGCGGACUUGCGUUGAAUGGCGCCUCUGGAAACCGACCAUCCAUGAAACUAUCUUCCGAUGAUUCCUCGUCCUCUCCCGCCCCGCAGGCUUUACACGUCGACGCAAAUCCGCAGUCUCUGAUGAACUCGUUCUCUCAGUACAUCGAUGUCGCAUCAGGAAGCUUGAACUUUGCUGGGAAAGCGUCUUUAGAUGCUCAUGGUAUUAAUUUCUCUUCCGGGUCGAGCUUUAAAAUCUCGCUGGACGAGCUCGAGAUCCUGGAGGAGAUCGGCCGCGGUAACUACGGAACAGUCUCAAAGGUGAGACAUCGUCCGACGAAUGUCAUUAUGGCCAUGAAAGAGAUCCGCUUGGAGCUUGAUGAUAGCAAAUUCCGGCAAAUUGUGAUGGAACUUGAUGUUCUUCACAAGUGCAUAUCCCCUUUCAUUGUUGAUUUUUACGGCGCAUUCUUUGUCGAAGGAGCCGUAUACAUCUGCAUGGAAUAUAUGGAUGGCGGGAGUCUGGAUAGACUUUACAGUGGAGGUGUUGAAGAGCCUGUUUUGGCUAAGAUUACUGAAGCAGUGGUGCGCGGACUCAAAAUCCUGAAAGACGAUCACAAUAUCAUUCAUCGCGAUAUCAAACCAACAAAUAUUUUGGCAUCGAGCUCAGGGGCGGUGAAACUUAUUGAUUUCGGAGUCAGUGGAAAUCUUGUGGCUUCCAUCGCUCGCACGAAUAUUGGGUGUCAAUCAUAUAUGGCACCAGAGAGAAUCAAAUCUGCCAGUCCGACUGACGCGAUCACGUACACGGUGCAGUCCGACAUUUGGAGUUUGGGCCUGACUCUUUUGGAAAUUGCCAACGGAUCUUAUCCGUACCCUCCUGAGACAUACGGUAAUGUGUUUAGUCAGCUUAGUGCUAUCGUCGACGGCGAGCCGCCCACAUUGCCAGAACCUCGAUUUUCACACGAAGCUGCAAGCUUUGUGAAGCAAUGUCUUAAUAAGGAUGCGGUAUUGCGGCCAACGUACGGAAAACUGCUGGCUCAUCCGUGGUUAGUAAAGUACCGGAAUGUCGAGGUCGAUAUGGCGGGUUGGGUGAAGAGUGCGCUUGAAGCGAGAGCAAAGGGAAGUAAUGUUAAUGCGGUGCGUCCAGCACUUCAUGCAGGUGGUGCAGGGGCAUUAAAGUAG